AUGGUAAAAUCACCAUCUUCCAUCAGUGCUUCAAUGUUAAAGAAUGCAAGCAGUGCUUCAAUAUCAAACAACCAAAGCAUUAGUACAUUUGGAUCAAUGCUUCGUAGAAAUAAGAUAAUGAAGUGUUUUUGCCAAGAUGAAAGUGUUCUUCGUAUUGUUACUGAUUUAAACAAUAUCAACUAUGGAAGAAAAUUGUUAGGUUGUAGAAUUUACAUGAAUCGCAUGGAUAAGGGUUGUAAUUUAUUCAAGUGGUUAGGAGAUGAAUUUGUUAAUGAAAUGGAUUUGAAUCUUGAAAGACAAAAGAAGAAAAUUAACAAACGGAAGAAUGAGGUUAUCCACACUAGAGGAUGGUUGAAAAUAUCCAUUGUGAUUGGGAUAUUGAGCUUAGAGUUUAACCUUUUGUUUGUAACAAUGUAUUUUAAUUAG